UUUUGUUACAUUCACAAAGUUGUCGAUGGGAAUUGCACGAUGAGCUGGAGACAUUCACACUGUGUUGCAGUUCGCAUGCUGUUUGACCUUUCACCUUCGGUCAAGAUCAGGUCAUCCCAGAAGAGGCUGUUUCAGUGUUGGAGACAUUGUGAUGCUGGGCAAGAUUCAGCUCAAUCUUCGUCUUCAUUGAAGUAUCGCUCAACGAAUAAUGAAAAACAGGUCUUUGCUGACAAGACAAACUCCUCCAAAGUGGCAACUGGUUUAUUCCAUUUACGCGUAGAUGUGUCAAAGUUCCUCAUAAAUGAAACUAAUGAACCACUCACCAAUGGUGGCGCUUUGCAAGGUAAUGGUAAAGAGACAAUUAAAAAACACCCCUAUAUUCAACAUGGAAAGCACCUGGAUCCAGUGGUUUUCAACCAGCUGUCUCAGGACUGCACAUCACUGAGACACAAAGACAGUGAAGAACGAGAGACUUUCCAUCCCAAGUUUACACCAAGAAUCUUCUACAGAGAGUCUGUGGAAUAUGCGGAUUCGGCGGUUGUAUUCCCUCAGGUUAGAAACAAAAGUUAUGGCAUUAGCGAAGAGGAUUGCCAGUUUGAAAGAGAAUCAGAAAAUCUGUUGAACGACAUUCUUUUUUCGGACGAAAUCGAAGAUGGCGUCAUGUUACAGCUUUUAGAUUCCCUCAACAGGUGCAGAGAUGAGUUCAUGCUGGGGUUGGCCGAAGAUGAGAGAUUCCUCAGGUUGGUUGAACAUCUUGGCCACCAUUGCGCAGACCUAGAGAGUAAGACCUUAGUCAAAGCAUUGGUGGUAUUUGCUAGGGCUCAGAUCCGAACUAGUAACCCAGUCCUAAGGAUACUCGAGACGAAAUGCGAGGAGCAAUGGGUUCGGUGGGAUGUUAAGACAUCUUUACUAGUCUGCGAUGCGUGGCGAUUGAUCGGCCUUCCAGUCAGGCAUCUAAACAGCAAGAUUUUUAACCAGAUGGAGAAACAGUUACACCAACUAACAAAACAACAAAUUGUCCAGGUGACGUAUCUUAUUGGGGAGAACAGGCAUGCCAAGACCAGUUUGCUCAACGGUCUUCAGGAUCUUGUCUUGGAGAACAUCGCCAGCUUGUCCUAUCUGGAACUAGGAGCCAUCUGCCAAGGCUUCUUCAAGUCCAAGACAAACUUAAAACCAGGGUUGGUUGGUGCACUAGUCCGGAGGAUACAGUCCAAACCUCUUGAUGACAUCAACAGCUACUACCUGGUUGGGAUCCUGAAGGUCUUCCGUCAGGCCUACUUUGGUCACAGCAACCUCUUUGAUCAAAUUGGCGACCAGGUCAGCGGGAGACUUCAGACCUUUCCCGUUUCAUCCAUCAUGCAUAUCCUGUUAACCUACGCAACUCUACACCUCCACCAUGCGGACCUCCUAGAGGCUGGAGCACGAGAGCUCAUCCUCAGGUCCAACGAGUGCAGAUGCAAAGAUCUCUCUAAAGUCUUGUGGUCCUUUGGGACGCUGAACUAUCUACCUCAGGAUUCAGAGAGGUUCUUCAGGACAUUGACAAGUAGGAUGGUAGACCUCCUAGAUGAGUACAACCAUUUCCCGAUAUUUUUGGUUUCAGGGCUCCUCUCUUUGGCUUACCUCAAUAUAUAUCCAGCAGAACUUCUUGACGUUGUCUUCAGUCCAAGCUUUCUUCUCAGAAUGGAGGAGUUCACCAAACGAUCCAGUAUUGAUCCUCGUCGGGACCUAUUUGCACUUCACGCAUCGACACAGAUUGAUUGCCCUGAGUAUGGACACCAUCUGAACAAGGAGUUCAUGUUGAAUAGGCCCUUACCACCAGGAAUGUUUGGCAGUCUUCAUGCAGAGCUGACCAGUCACCCGCUACUGAGAGCCGUCUACUCUACCCUUGCAUCACUACUUGGUGGAGAACAGAACCUCAGAAUGAGCUUUAUUAUGCCUCAUAUGAAAACAGCUGAUAUUGAAGUGCAUUUAGAUUCCAGUGAUCGCCCCGUCCCCUUUGGAACAUCAGAGCUGCAACCUGCGACUGAUUCGCUAUCAUCAUCAAAGUUGCUGAUGGACAAAAUGGAUCCAACCAGAGAGCAAAAUGUUCCUCUGGACUUCUCCCUUAUUGCCAAUUUAUCUGGUGAGACAUCAUUGGAUAAGUGUAGGAAUACACCCACUGGCAUAAGAACAGCAUCUGUUAAACCAGCUGGAAAAGAAACAGCUCCCAUUGACAAUGUUUCCUCUGCAGAAAACACGAGUGUGAGUGGUAGCAACUUCAAAGAAAGUUUGACAUCAAAGACUAAAGCUACUAGGAGUGCUGAUUGGUCAAGAUUUGAAGUACCAGAGCCAAUCACGGAUGAAUCUGCAACCAGGUUAGCUGUUUUAGUCUGGUCUCGCAAUCACUUCCACUUCAAUGGUACGACAUUGCUGGGAUUACACUCCAUGAAGAGGCGUCACCUCAUGAAGCUUGGAUACCAGAUUGUAGAUAUCCCUUUCUUCGAGUGGGACCGAUUGACAGGAAAUCGACAGCGUGAACGCUACAUCCAACAGAAAAUAUUUAUGAAAAACAUGAGUAAUGUAUUUAAACAAAAGUAAAUGUUUUGAUUAAUUUUUUUUUUUACAAUCAAAACAACUGAAAUAAAAUCUCAAAGUGUUUUAGCCCCUUAUAAGGAUGGAGUAAUUACCAAGUAUGGAGUAAUAUUGCUAGCAUUAUAUUCUGAAGGCAACAAACAUUCUGAUACAAAUUUCUGGAAUUUAUUUUUCACUUUUGAGUAAAUAUGCUAUCUGUUCACCAUGAAUCGGUCACAACUUGUUCUUACAAAUAGAGUGACUACCUAAUAAAUAAUAUUCAUAAAUACCUCAGACAGUUUCGCUUUUCCUAUUGGUGGAGAGCGCGUC